UGCCAACGCAGCCACCCCGAUGAUGGGGCCUGCGCCUACCAGGGAUCCUUGGGUGGGGAACUACACCAUCAGACAGUUCGGCGAGGGCGUCUGCAUGCGGUUGUCAUUUGGGGCACAAAUACGUAUCGUGUAUCACGUGGACGACCAUAUUAAAUAUAGAUUGGAGGAUGAUGAAACCUUCACGAUCGACCCUAACGUGGCCACUGUUGACGGUAAUUGUGACUCUCCGUCCAAACGCACUGUGGUCAUCUACCCGUUCGGCAGCAGGGAGGAACCUUACUGGACAAUCACCCUCAUCUUCCAGCUUCAAUCUGGGACAUUCGCCCUGACUGAAGUAGAUGCAACUUAUGUCUUUGACGAGGAACACUUCCCCGAAAGCGACACGACAGGUUACCAAUCGGAGGGGAGUGAAUCGAGCAAUUUCUUGUGGCAGAAAGUUCCGACAGGGAAAUAUUACUCCUGCUCGGAUAUGUCGGUCGAGCUCGUUUUAGCAACAGUCUAUCUGUGGGACAUGCAGUUACAACCCUUUGCCGAUGAUGUCGACGGACACUUGGGUGAAGCCGACGUGUGUGUACCUGGCCUUGAUCUCUCUGCAAUCCUCGGCAUUGUCUUCGGGGCAGUUGUUGUCCUCGUCCUUGUCGUGGUGGCCGUUUACUGCUUUCGAACUUGGCGGCGGAGGAAGGAUUACGUCAACAUUCAGGAGGAAUAAAAUUCCAGUUGUGGAAUGCCGUGGCCUCGUGGUCUGGGGCAUGCACUGAAUUCGUGGUCUGCGGGUAAUUCUGCAGGUUGUGGGUUCGAGUCCAGCCUGGGGUCAUGGCACUUUGUUACUCAUUGCUUCUCCCCACCCAGGAGAAAAUGGGUACCUGUGAGGGCAGAGAUGGUUAGGCUAUUGAGAUUGAUUUGUAUCGAGUUUGAGAUUGAUUUGUAUCGAACUGGCCCAAUGAUCAGCAGGGUUGUAUCUUAAUUAAAAUGCGCCACACGAGAACCCAACUGGACAACUAGGCCUAGUAGGCCUAGUUGUCCAGUUCUGGAAUUAUUUUGUUUAAUCCCUGAUCUCUACUAUUCAGUCUAGUGAGUUCGCUGUUUCUACUGUCUUAAUAUUAAUUAUCAACUCCUUAUUUUUUGUUUAAUAAGCAUGGCAGGUAAAUAAAACCUAUUUUAUAUCUGGAAAUAUACCCCGGCGCUAUCCAAGAGCAUCGACGAAAUGCAUUCGGCAAACUUCGGACAUUUUCGGAAACGGGAGGCAUUCCUUCCGUCUUGGUCACGUGCCGUAUAUAUAUUGUAUAGAUACUAGCGGUUACCGGAAUUAAGAUGCAUCAGAAAUUGUCAAAAUCUUUUGACCAGACUAGUCAUCUGGGGCCAAUUUAGUGGAGCAGCUAAGCACAACAAUUUGCUUAGCACGACAAGUCUUCCUUGACAAAAACAGGAUUACCAACCAAAUGUUCAUAUGUGGUGUAUAUUGCUUGUGAUUUGGUAUUCAGCUGUUGUUUGCUUAGCAUGAAAAUCACAUGGAGUUUUGGCUGGUAACCUGCUUUUACUAAGCCAGACUUGCUUUGUGCUAAGUCAAUUUAGCAGCUCAUGAAAUUCGCCCCAGGGGCCAUCAGCGAGCAAAAUUAUAAGCCUUUUUUUUUUUUAGCUGGAACCAUGUGCUUAUAAUAAUGACGCUAUUCCACUUAAAAAUGGCUUCUUAUUUUGUUCGACGGGUCUCGGGUACCAGCGAAGGGUCCUUUACUAUUUGUAAUUCUUUGUGUCGCUAUGAUAUGGCAUAUACAGGUUUUGAGGCGUUUUAAUUUAUGAAUACAGGACAUCUUCAAAUUAUGACGCAUUUUAAACACGAGCUGUAUUUUAGCCUUGGUAAUAGAUUUAAUAAGUAAAUGUCUCAUUAAGAUAUAAGUUGUUGGUGUCUAAUUAUAUGAUAUACGUAUAGCAGCCCUAUACCCCUGCACUGCAAGUUCCUUCAAGUUUAAUGGUCUAGUCAGAAUUUUUUUUUAUGAUUUAUGGCUUUUAAUUUGGUUACAGACUGUUUGUUGUGUUCAUGUUUUUUCCUCAUAUAUCCCGAAAAGUGUAAUUCCCACUGAGCAAGGGCGGAUCGGGGGGGGGGGGGGGAGCCAACGGGGGCCGUGCCCCCCAUAAAAA